AUGGCCUCAGUGCAAGCGGCCCCCCCGGUCCAACACCCUGGCGCGCCUUUGCCAGCCAGCGUGACCAAGCAGCAGGCAGAGGAGGUUUUCAGGAAACUGAUGCAAAUGAAGGAGUCGGGCGUUCCACCGUCGGAUCCUGAGUACAUAAAGGCACAGCAGUUCUUGGUUAGCUUCCAACAGCAGCACCAGAUGCGCACAAAACAGCAACAGUACCUUCAGCAACAGCAGCAACAACAGCAACAACAGCAACAACAGCAACAACAUGCCGCUAAUGGAACUGUCACCGGAGCGCCCCAGGCUCGUCCCCAGCAGGGAACGCCGCAACCUAAUCCGAGCCAAUACAACGCCCAAACACCGAAUAAGGGUGGUGUGACUACACCAACCUCUGGUGCCCCUCCCGUUGGCGCUUCUUCGAGCCAAUUCUCUCAGCAGCAGCUGCAGCUCCUCAGGCAGCAGAUACAGGCAUUCAAACUCCUGGGAAAGAAUGCCGGAAUUUCUGCACCUCUGCAGCAGGCCAUCUUCAACCAGCGCCAGAAGCGCCAAGCUGCUUCGUUGGCUGUAUCAGCGGCUGCUGCCAAGGCUGGUCAGCAGGGCCAGGACGAGGCCAAGGCUGCCGGUGCUCCAGACGCUGAUGCAUCGGGACAGAACGACCCCAAUGCCGCCCCGAAGCCGCACACUUACAAGACUGUCAAGUCGCCCUACGACGGCAUGAUACGACCUUCCAUCAAAUAUAUGGAUCACUCUCACCGCAAGAACCGGUGGUUUGUACCCGGUGUCUUCCCAACCGGAAUCGACUUCGACCACGUCCGAUACGAGAGGGAGGUUGUCAUCUUCAACCGCAUGAGCCAGCGUUACAACGAGCUCAAGGACCUCCCUGCCAACAUCGCCCACUGGGACACGACCAAGGAGAGCGUCGAGGCCGACGAUUCGCUCAAGCGCAAGGCCAUUAUCGAGAUGAAGGGCCUUGGCUUGUAUGCCAAGCAGCGCGCCCUGCGCGAAAGGCUCGGUCGCCAGAUGCUCCACUAUGACAACCUGGCCAUGACGACGAACCGCAGCAACUACAGGCGCAUGAAGAAACAGAGCGUUCGCGAGGCCCGCAUUACUGAGAAGCUCGAGAAGCAGCAGCGUGACGCCCGUGAGAACCGCGAGAAGAAGAAACACAUCGACUUUCUUCAUGCCAUCACCAACCACAGGACCGAGAUCCACGAGGCUGCCUCGUCACAGAAGACCAAGUUUCAUAAACUCAGCCGUCUCAUGUACAACCAGCACUUCAACAUUGAGAAGGAGGAACAGAAGCGUAUCGAGCGCACGGCCAAGCAGCGUCUACAGGCGCUCAAGGCCAACGACGAGGAGGCCUAUCUUAAGCUUCUCGACCAGGCCAAGGACACCCGUAUCACCCACCUGCUUCGCCAGACCGAUGGCUUCCUGCACCAGCUCGCGUCGUCCGUCAAGACUCAGCAGCGACAGGCGGCUGAGAAGUACGGCGACCCCGACAAUCUCGUUGCUGAGGAGAGUGAGCCGGAGGAGGAGGGUAGCAACAAGAAGAUUGACUACUAUGCUGUGGCACAUCGCGUCCGCGAGGAGGUCACCGAGCAGGCUAGCAUACUGGUUGGAGGCACUCUCAAGGAGUAUCAGAUCAAGGGUCUCCAGUGGAUGAUUUCGCUCUACAACAACAACCUAAACGGUAUCCUUGCUGAUGAAAUGGGUCUCGGAAAGACGAUUCAGACCAUCAGUCUCAUCACGUACCUCAUCGAGCGCAAGAAGCAGCCCGGCCCGUACCUAGUCAUUGUACCCCUCAGUACGCUGACCAACUGGAACUUGGAGUUUGAGAAGUGGGCGCCCUCUAUUAGCCGCGUCGUCUACAAGGGACCGCCUAAUGCGCGAAAGACGCAGCAGGAGAGGAUCCGCCGGGGAGACUUCCAGGUUCUCCUGACGACGUAUGAGUACAUCAUCAAGGACCGCCCGAUCCUGAGCAAGAUCAAGUGGUUCCACAUGAUUAUCGACGAAGGCCACCGAAUGAAGAACUCCAAUUCUAAGCUCAGCGCCACCAUAUCAAAUUACUACAUGACCCGCUUCCGACUCAUUCUUACCGGUACCCCUCUUCAGAACAACCUCUCCGAACUGUGGGCUAUGCUCAAUUUUGUGCUGCCCAAUAUCUUCAAGUCGGUGUCCACAUUUGACGAGUGGUUCAACACGCCAUUUGCCAACACUGGAGGUCAGGACAAGAUGGAGCUCACGGAAGAAGAGCAGAUUCUCGUCAUUCGUCGUCUCCACAAGGUGCUCAGGCCGUUCCUGCUGCGCCGUCUCAAGAAAGAUGUCGAAAAGGACCUCCCCGACAAGACAGAAAAGGUCAUCAAGUGCAAGUUCUCGGCCCUGCAGGCUCGCCUGCACAAGCAGAUGUCAACGCACAACAGGCUCAUCGUCAGCGAUGGCAAGGGUGGCAAGACCAAUGCCCGUGGGCUGAGCAACAUGAUUAUGCAGCUGCGCAAGCUCUGUAACCACCCAUUCGUGUUUGACGAGGUCGAGAAUCUCAUGAAUCCUCUCAAUAUCAGCAACGACCUCCUGUGGCGAACGGCCGGCAAGUUUGAGCUGCUCGACCGCAUCCUGCCCAAAUACAAGGCGACCGGUCACCGUGUCCUCAUGUUCUUCCAGAUGACAGCCAUCAUGGACAUAAUGGAGGACUACCUUCGCUACCGCGGUCUCGAGUAUCUGCGUCUGGAUGGUACGACCAAGUCUGAUGAGCGUUCUGACCUGCUACGCGAGUUCAACGCCCCCGACUCCAAGUAUUUCAUGUUUUUGCUGUCGACGCGUGCCGGCGGUCUGGGUCUCAACCUGCAGACAGCAGACACAGUCAUCAUCUACGACUCUGACUGGAACCCUCACCAGGAUCUCCAAGCUCAGGACCGUGCUCACCGUAUCGGCCAAAAGAACGAGGUGCGAAUCCUCCGUCUGGUCACGUCCAACUCCGUCGAGGAGAAAAUUCUCGAGCGUGCUAGGUUCAAGCUGGACAUGGACGGCAAGGUCAUCCAAGCUGGUCGUUUCGACAACAAGUCAUCCGAAACCGAUCGUGAUGCUAUGCUUCGGACACUGCUGGAGACAGCAGACAUGGCGGAGUCCGGCGAUCAAGAGGAGCUCGAGGACGAAGAGCUGAACAUGAUGCUGGCACGCAGCGACGAAGAAUUGGCCGUCUUCCAGAAACUCGACGAAGAGCGCUCGCGCGAUCCAACCUAUGGACGCAAGGCCGGUAGUAAGCCUCGCUUGAUUCAAGAUGCCGAGCUCCCUGAGAUCUACUUGAACGAUGGCAACGAUGAAAUUGACGACACUGAGGAGGUGGUCCUUGGUCGCGGUGCCCGUGAGCGCACCAAGGUCAAGUAUGACGACGGCCUGACCGAGGAGCAGUGGCUGAUGGCGGUCGACGACGAUGACGACUCACCCGAAGCUGCGGCUUCGCGCAAGCAGGCGAGGAAGGACAGGCGUGAGACCAAUAGGCUCAAGAGGAUGGGUCUCGGCUUGCCCGCUGACGAAUCGCCGUCUGCCAGUCGCGCCAGCACCGAGGAGAUUGAGACACCGAAGAAGCGCGGCCGCAAGCCUGGAAGCAAGAACGAGAAGCGCAAGGCUGAGGACGGGGAUGAGGAGCCGCCGGCCAAGAAGAGACGCGGCCCCCUGGGUCGUCCCAGCAAGGCCAGUCUCAACGGCGCAGCAGCGGCUGACGCACGCGUGAGCCCACAGCAACGCGAGACGCUGCAGAAGAGUCUGCGGUCACUAUACGACUCCCUCAUGACGCUCGAGGUAGAUGACAUCGAGCCGCCAGAGGACGAUGACGAGUCGGAUGCCAGCAAGCGUCUCGUCAUCGGACCCUUCAUCAAGCUGCCGCCGAAGCGAGACUUCCCCAACUACUACGUCAUCAUCCAGAAUCCCAUUUGCAUGAACCACAUCCAAACACGCAUCAAGAAGGAGCAAUAUAAUUGCCUGGGCGACUUGCGCAAGGACAUCGACCUGAUGAUUAGUAACUGCCAGACAUUCAACGAGGACGGCAGCAUCUUGUACCAAGAUGCAAAGACGAUGGAUGAAUUCUUCAAAAAGAGAUACCGAGAAGAGUCAGAGGCCCAUCCCGAACUUCUGGAGCUGGAGGAAGGCGGUGAAAAGGCCUCAUCAGUGGCACCGUCCGGCGGUGGUGACACACCCCAGCCUAGCGGAACACGCAUCAAGCUCACAUCUAGUAACUCGCGGACCGACACGACCAACACGAGUGCAGCAGGUCACAGUGACGAGGAAUGA